AUGAACGCGCAGUUGACCAUGGAGGCGAUCGGCGAGCUGCACGGGGUGAGCCAUGAGCCAGUGCCCGCUCCUGCCGACCUCCUGGGCGGCAGUCCCCACGCGCGAAGCUCCGUGGCGCACCGUGGCAGCCACUUGCCCCCCGCGCACCCUCGUUCCAUGGGCAUGGCGUCCUUGCUGGACGGCGGCGGCGGCGGCGGCGAUUACCACCACCACCACCGGGCCCCCGAGCACAGCCUGGCCGGCCCCCUGCACCCCACUAUGACCAUGGCCUGCGAGACUCCCCCAGGUAUGAGCAUGCCCACCACCUACACCACCUUAACCCCUCUGCAGCCGCUGCCGCCCAUCUCCACCGUCUCGGACAAGUUCCCCCACCAUCACCACCACCACCAUCACCACCACCACCCGCACCACCACCAGCGCCUGGCGGGCAACGUGAGCGGUAGCUUCACGCUCAUGCGGGACGAGCGCGGGCUGGCCUCCAUGAAUAACCUCUAUACCCCCUACCACAAGGACGUGGCCGGCAUGGGCCAGAGCCUCUCGCCCCUCUCCAGCUCCGGGCUCGGCGGCAUCCACAACUCCCAGCAAGGGCUCCCUCACUAUGCCCACCCGGGCGCCGCUAUGCCCACUGACAAGAUGCUCACCCCCAACGGCUUCGAAGCCCACCACCCGGCCAUGCUCGGCCGUCACGGGGAGCAGCACCUCACGCCCACCUCGGCUGGCAUGGUGCCCAUCAACGGCCUUCCUCCGCACCACCCUCACGCCCACCUGAACGCCCAGGGCCACGGGCAGCUCCUGGGCACGGCCCGGGAACCCAACCCUUCGGUGACCGGCGCACAGGUCAGCAAUGGAAGUAAUUCAGGGCAGAUGGAAGAGAUCAAUACCAAAGAGGUGGCGCAGCGUAUCACCACCGAGCUCAAGCGCUAUAGCAUCCCACAGGCCAUCUUCGCGCAGAGGGUGCUCUGCCGCUCCCAAGGGACCCUCUCGGACCUGCUGCGCAACCCCAAACCCUGGAGCAAACUCAAGUCCGGACGGGAGACCUUCAGGAGGAUGUGGAAGUGGCUGCAGGAGCCCGAGUUCCAGCGCAUGUCUGCGCUCCGCUUGGCAGCAUGCAAAAGGAAAGAACAAGAACAUGGGAAGGAUAGAGGCAACACACCCAAAAAGCCGAGGUUGGUCUUCACAGAUGUCCAGCGUCGAACUCUACAUGCAAUAUUCAAGGAAAAUAAGCGUCCAUCCAAAGAAUUGCAAAUCACUAUUUCCCAGCAGCUGGGGUUGGAGCUGAGCACGGUCAGCAAUUUCUUCAUGAACGCAAGGAGGAGGAGUCUGGACAAGUGGCAGGACGAGGGCAGCUCCAAUUCAGGCAACUCAUCUUCUUCAUCAAGCACUUGUACCAAAGCAUGAAGGAACACCCACAAACUAAACCUCGGUGGAAAAGCUUUAAAUAAAAAAAUUUUUAAAAGACCAGGACCUCAAGAUAGCAGGUUUAUACUUAGAAAUAUUUGAAGAAAAAAAAAGUGUUAUUUAUAGUCCAAAGAAACCAAAGACUUAGCUCACCUGCAUUCUGACUUUGUUCGGAGACACACACUUCAGCGGGGCAACGACUUGGCAAGAGAAAAUAUGAGCAGAAAAGCACCACUGGAUCUCACACCUUCAAUCCAUGAUCAUUCUCGCUGUGCUUGGCUGUUUUGUGGUUUGGAGCAUAGUGAUUUUGAGCCAUUGAGUGGACAUCUUUUAAGAUCAGACUUUCUCAUCCGUUCCACUAUGCCACGAAGGUGUAUGGUGUCUCAGUACUGUGUGUGGGUACGUGAGUGCAUACACAUACACACACACACACACACACACACACACACACACACACACACAUGCAUCACCAGUGGUUAGGGACUUAGGCAGGCUGGUCUUCAGGAAGGGUUGUGCUAUAGGAGUGCACCCAACAUAGUGUGGGGUUGUCUGAGUUCAUUGGAUAGGAGUGUGAUUUCGCUCGUCUAGCCUAGCGUUUGAACCUGCCAGGCCCGCAACCUAAAUGCAGAUUCAAACCCAGCAAAGAAAAUUUGAAUGACACCUAAACCAGUGCAUUCUCUUUGUUUGUUAAGGAAUGUUCAGAUAUUUUUUAAGAAAUGAAACAAGAGUCCAUCCAUUAAAAGAAAAAUCACCUAGGUACCAAAGAACACACUUAAUAUUAUAGUGCAGGUAUUUUAUUGCAAUGAUUUUAAUAACCAAAGCUAUUUUUACACAAGAUACUAUGUAAAGUUAUACGUAUAAACUGAUCUAGCUGUAAUACACAUGCCACAUAGAAUCAUGACUAUUAUUUAUGACUCUUGAAGCAUUUGAAAUAUUAGUUUUCAGAACUGGCAAGAAAGAAUGUAGCUUCAGGGAAGCAUUUAAUAUCAGAACAGAGAGGUCAGUGUAGUAUACAUGUACAUCCAGAUGGCACACUCCCUUUUGGGAUCCGUAAAUGAUACUUAGACAUAUAGACGUGAUGCCAUAAUCUGUUCAUAGCUGAGAAAACCUGGGGAUUCUUCCAAAGUAGGACCCCAUUUAUAAAUUAGAAAACUAAGUUUAACAGAGCAAACAAUUAAAUUAGAACAUUUGUUCAAAGUAAUGCUUUUUUAGUAAAAGACCACUGAAUAAAGGAUAUCAUACUUGGGUUAAUUUGACUGAAAGUUGCUUUAUGCAUUUGACACCAAAUACCUUUUUAAAAUAUUUUACAAACACACAAAGUGAGCAGACCAACAUUAUUAUUAAAAUGAACUAUCCAGUAUUUGUAACCAAAUUGAUCUUAUUGCCAAUCUCAGACAUAUUAUGACUUGAACAUCAAUAAAAAUAGCAGAGGCAACUGAGAAGUGGUGGAAUGCCAUAGAAAAAACCAGAGUUCUAGUGGAAGACAAGACUUUGGGUUCUAUUGGUGUAAAGCUAUUUAUUUCACUAAGCAUAGCCUCCAAAGUAUACUACAUUCUUUCUUGCUACUGCAUUAAGCUGGAAAUUUUCUAACAGAGAGUCCACUCUCUAACAGGGACAGAUAAAACACUAGAUCUGAGCUUCCAAAUACAAAAUUUUCAAUUUCUGUUUUUCCAAAUCACUUAACCAGAACUGGAGAAAUCAAGGGGGAAGAAAAAAACUAAUACAGUUGUACUAGCAGUACCCAAGUAAAUCACUUGCUUCCCAGAAAAAUUCUCUCUGAACUCCAUUGAAUUGUAACUCAAACAAAUGGAUGUCUUUUGUACUAUUAGGUAAAGAAUUGGGUACUCUUGGUUAAUUAGCACACCUAAUUAGAGAUAUGAAGUGAAAUGUUAUCACAACAAUAAGUUGUUAAUUGAUAUUCAUUAAAAUGCUAAAGGAAAAAUAUUGAACCAUCUUGACACAAAACCUAACUCCUUAAGGUCAAGUCUCAGCGUCUUGUCUAGGUCUAGAAAGAGACGGGCACCUGGAGAGAUGAAACUAAACCAACAAGCCAUCUGGAUCUCCUUCAUGUCUGCUGUAGAAUGAGAAAAGCAAACCAACACAUACUUCUCCUUUAAUGAAAUAGUGCAUUUGCCUUGACACAUUUUGUCUUAGUAUUUUUUUUUAUCUCAUACCAAACUCCAGCUUAAAAAUUUCUCUUCUAAAUAUGGCACAACUACAGUUCAGCUAUUAAAAGAGAGCAUUUCAAUGGCCACCCUUAGAGAUUUGCUUAACAUAUAAUCUUGUCAAUGACAUAAACCAAAAGGAAAAAAACUGAUUAACUUUUUCACUCUCUCCAGGAAUGGUGGGGGCCAGGGGUACAGCUAUAAUAAUAUAUUUAUAAUUCAGGAGGGAGGAAAGCCUUAUUUAUUUAAAACAUGAGAAUAUUAAAUGCAGGGACAUUCAAGCUGUGUCUACACACAAUCUUACCAAAUUCAGCUCCCCAGGAAAAACAAAAGUUGAAUUCAAACACCAUGGUUUUUGCUUCGUUUGUGCUACAUAUCCCCUUCAGAUUGAUCCGAUUGCAUUUGACCUUUCAACCAAUUAUUUUGGUACUGUGUAGACACAGUCUCAGAGAAUAUUACUACAUUUCUAAUAUUCCCAUCAUAAUGCUUUUUUGAAAAAAAAAAUACAGUGAUCCUAUUUGCUGACACCAAAGAUAAUUUUCAUACCAGCAUUGAAUUUGCACCCAUUACGCAAUUUCAGGGCCUAGAGAUAUAUUUUCUCAUAAACAGAUGCACAAAUCAGAGCCUGAAAAGCAAUUUUUUUACUUGACUGUUCAAGUAUACUCACAACCUUUGCUUUUUAGAAAUCAUAACGACAAACUCAGCUUCUCAUGAGCAAUAUACUCGUUACGUCAUGUACAACUGAUUCUUUAUUGCUUCUAACUUGGCAUGUGGCAUUAAUUUAUGGCUCAGCUUUCUUAACCUAUCACACUCAAUGGAGCAGAUCACAUGCCAUUUGCUCAUCCAUUAUUUCUCAAUCCUUUUGGAAAAUUCACCUAAAAAGAUAUCUCAUUUUUUCAUUUGUAUGUUUGUUUCUUCCAGAACUGCACUUCACUUAACAUGUUUUGGGGUUCUGUGGGGGCUUUUUUUUGGUAGAAUGGAAGUUAGACUGUUUUUCACCAUAAACCAUUCAGGUCCUCUCAUGCCUAGAAGUUUCCCUGAAAGGGGGCAAAGAAAGAGAGUGGAAGAUGAGAAGUCUGGAUACUCCAGAAGCCCAGACUUCAGUAAAGUUCAGGUAAAUGAAUUCUGAAUGUCAGGAACUAAGUAUUCAGUCCCUGGAUGCAGCUGUCAUAGACCCCAAAACCCAAAGAGAAUGUGGGGAAAUUCAGAAAUUCUAACUGAAUAUGUCACUCACUCUGCACCCCCCCCCCCAAAAAAAAAGCAUAAUUAAUUUUCCAGGACAAAAAAGUAAAAGCACCAUGCUACUUUUGGACUCAUGCCACUCCCAUUGCUACCCCAGGUGAAUGAUCCAUCUUUGCAGGUUAAAUGCAAACUUUGCUAUACCAAAGAGUCCUAGGACAUUUUCACAUGAGCUAUAAAGGCAUUUUCUGUAAGAAAGGUCCUCCCUUCUUUGUACAUAAAGGAUGAAAACUAUGCAUUUAGCAAACAAAGAGAAAGCACUUCCCCCUUUCCUAUCUAGUUGUUUAGGGUGCAUUCAAACACCAGAGGCCAUUUUGAGAUGCGAUUGGCCUUCUGGAUUAUUCUUGUGGUGUGGUUAGCUUUACAGUACAUUUGGUAACUAUUUCCUAAAUAGUAAGGACAAAGAAGCAGAAGGUAAGAAAUAGCUACUUCCACGUGUAAAAAAAAAAAAAGAAAAAAAAAGAAAAAGAAAAAAAAAAGUGUAAAGAUCUACUAUUUAUAGUGUGAACCAAAGACGCUACCUCACUCGAUUUCCAUUGGUGAUUUUAAUCACAUUGAUGAUACCAAAGAAUACCAAAGAUAUUUUCAUGCACGGCCUUGGUCUGCAGAGGGAACUCCACCCUUUUCCCUCCCCCACCUCUCCUCCCCUCCUCACUCUUCACUCAGUGUGUAAACUUGUCUUCAUUCUUAAUAAUAAUGAUACGAAAUGAUAACAACAACAUUAGGAAAUACUACUCUUACUACUGCUAGUUCUACUUGUAAAUCUCUAGGCAAACAUGUUGCAAACUUUGUAAACUCCUAGGACGAGUGCCUUGCUUGAACCAAAGUGUUAAACCGCUGUUGACCUCUCACCUUAUACUCUUUGAAUACCUCAGCCUCUUAGAAAGGCCACUAAUGAAAAAAAAAAAAAAAGGAAUAAUUAUUCACCGUGGUGCUUUUUCCGUGCAACCAUGCAAUGAAACUUUCUUUGAUACCAAAGGAUGACUUUUCCCCCCAAUUUCUUGCUGAUAAACCAAAGCUCCUCCUCCUCGUUCCCUCUCAAGAUCCCCCCACUUCACCGAGCCCCUUCACCAGGCAGGCCGUGCAUCACUUUUACCAAUUCCUCCAAAUACCUCAUAGUAAUAAAGUUUUAGGGUUAUGUUGUAUAGAGAGUCUAUGUGAUAAGGCAGAACUUACUAGUUUGAUAAUUGUUAAGGUUACUUUAAAAAAAACUUUAUAAUUCUUAUUUA